AUGUGGAUUUUAGAGUCAACAGGUGACUUCCUGGGUGGGAAGCGUGUGUGGUUGCGACCGGGGAAGAAGUAUCUACUGGGACGCCCCGAGAAGAAUAUCAAUAGCGGUCUGCACCGGGCCAUCCCAAGCAACGUUGGCAAUGGAGCUUCGGUAUCCCGCAAGCACCUGACUAUCGAGGUGUCCAGUGUUACCCCGCGUGAUGGAACCCAUGUACGCGCAAGAACGAAAGUCACGGUCACCGAUUUGAACUCGAAGAAAGGAACGACUGUCGAUGGUGAACAAAUUAGAGGGCAAGAACGAGUAUUGAGUGAGGACGAAACAAACAUCCAGCUGGGUCGCUCUGCCUCUCUGCGGUUAAAAUGGGAACCAGUCGUACUGAGCUUCUCUUUCUCUUCAAAGGAGUUGAGAUCGGAUGACCCGCUAGCCAAAGUUCGCUCCAAAUUGGAGGACCUGGAUAUUAAGACCAUUAUACCAUAUCUAGUGGAUCAAACCACUCAUGUGGUCCAGAACAAACGCAAUACAGCUAAGGGACUUCAGGCGUUGAUAAAUGGCAAACCUAUCGUCAGCAACGCCUACAUAGAUGCUCUGGUUUAUGCUACGACUCCUACCGAGUUUGAAAACGACGAGGCGCUGUCUCCGCUAGAGACAGAUUUCGACGCUGCGUGGCCUAAUCCCACCGAAUACCUUCCUCCAGCUGGCAAAGAGCCAGUUGAUCGCCCAGCAUCCGUUUUUGGUCCAGAUCCAGCGCGGUUUCACAUUUUUGAAGGUUAUACCUUCGUCUUCGGAGAGCCUUCACAAUUCGAGAAUCUACAGGCGGCGAUAAACAAUGGACAAGGAAAAGCCCUUCUAUACCCAGUCAAAGCUGGGGCUACCACGGCGGAAGAAAUUGUACAAUUCAUGAGAGAAGCGGGAGGUCAAAAGGGAACCAGGGCAAGACAUGAGGAACUUGGCAAGGUUGUACUCGUGCGGUUCCGAUUAAACGGCGAGAAUGAGCAGUGGUCAAUCGAAAUAAGCAAUCAAGUUGCUUGGAUUACCGAUCGGCGCGUGAUUGAGCAGAGCGAGUUUCUAGGCGCCAUUCUCGGCAGUGAUGCCUCUCCACUUUGUCGCUCUCUGCCUAGCGAGGAAAGAUCUAGCCAGACUUUGGUCGCCGCGACGCCAGGGCCUUCACAAGAGCAGGUUGAUGUUGAGGAUCACUCUGGCCCAUCCCAGUCACAACCUUCUCCCGUACAAGAACAGCAAGUUUCAACUUCGAAAACAAAAACUACAAGGCUGCGCAAAUUUGUCAGUAAGAUGAAAACAUUUGAUGAUGGAUUUGACAUGGAGUCUAUUCCGGUCUACUCUGCUGAGGAGGAAACAAGCAAUGAUACCCAACAACCGGGCACACAAUCAGUGGAUGAUGUUCGCCAGCCUUCUCAAACCACUCAGCCCUUGGAUGAGUUGGAAGAUGCAGAUGAUGAUAUUGUCCAAAGUCUUCUGCCUGGAGCAAAAGCCAUGAAACGACGCCGAGAAGAAAUUGAUCAAGGCCGCAAGGGAAGCCAUGCUUCGCACACAGAAGCCACUGUUGUUCCAAAAGCGAAACGUGCUAAGCUCAAUAUCAUGGAAGCGGCACGAAAGCAUCGCGAGGAAGAAGAACAGCAAAGAAAGGCAGAGGAUGAGGCUUUCCCCUCUCAGGAUGUGAAUGUUGAAGAAUUGAAAAAUCUAGCUAUCGUUGAGGAGAUGGAGAUGCCCGUUCGGGAAAGGCCAGCCAGAGAAGAAGAUGAAUCUUCUGAUCGAUGGGAUGAUCGAUGGAAUGGCCGCAAGAAUUUUAAAAAGUUUCGUCGGAAGGGAGAGCCGCUUCACGCACGUCAGCGAAUUCAAAGUGUCAUCGUUCCCCUAGAAGAGGUGACAAGGAAGGACUUUGGCGUUGGCGAACACUACUGGGUCACCAGCCGCAAAUCGCCCGUCGGGGAUGUUGUGUUGGUAGAUGAACAGGAGAAUGAGACCACAGUCGCUCGAGCUCAUGACGAUGAUGCAGUCAUUCAAGUAGGAUCACAGCCAUCACUGGAUCUGUCAGCAAGCCCUGAACCCACUCCUGAACCCACUCCUGAACCACAACCCGUACCAUCACGCAGUCGCACUCAGAAACGCCCACUUGAAGUCCGUGACUCUGAUAGUGAUGAUGAAGAACUUCGAUUCCGGUUCAGGCGCAAACGCUAA